AUGGGUUUUCUCUCCCCUUUUUCAGACUCUCAUCCCCACUCCCCUCCCAUUCUCAGAUAAUUUGGUAUGAUACACGCGGGUAUUAUUUCUUAAGGCUAAAGCAUUUUUCUCCACUUCUGUCCUCUUGAGACAUCUGCUAUAGCUUAUAUAUUUAAACACAAAUUAUAUUGAUCCCCCCAGACAAACACCUUUCUGACAGUCUUGAGUUGUUCUUACACUGUUGAACGACCAAGGAAAGAAGGUGCGGUUCUGAGGUAAAACUUAAGAUAUAGCAUGCCACAGCAGAGUUGCAAUAUAUAUCAGCUAAGUUUCCUUGGGAUUGCCCUGCAGCAAUAGGCAGGAACCUGAAAGAUUUCUGGUGCGGCAUAGUUGAUCACUCCAGCCUGUGGUAAAAAGUCAUUAGCCUACAUGUUACUUUAACACCAUGAUACCGGUGACAACUGGCAGUACCCCAGCCCUAUUUGUGUGUAGCAAGUUCACAGUCGAGUAACCUCGACUUUAAUGGGUCACCCCAAUGGAUUUCUCCUUAGAAUCCCAGUAUGCUGUUGCCCAUCGCUGGAGACUUUAGGACAAACAAGAAUAGGAAAACACUAGAUGAGCACAUAGCAUUCCCUUCUAAAUCUGCUGGAGCUGGAACUUCCGUAGCUUUGGUCCCACUGCUAAGAUUCUGCUCCCCUUGAAAUCAAUGGGAGUUUUGCCAUUGGUUUCAAAGGGGAGAGGAUCGGGCUUCUAAUAAAAGACUGCCAAGGAUCUUCAACUGAUGAGAGGCAUUGCAGGAUACUACCGAACUGAAACGUUCUGAAUGUGACCAUUGUCUAUCUUUUAUGGAUCCAAACUGGACAGAGGAGGUGAACUGAAGGAAGGUGGUUUUCACCGUCCAUGUGUAGCUGGGGAAUUGCUGCUGCAGUUCAUAGUACCUGAGAUCCACAAUACUGACCAAGCAAUUAUGGAAAAAAUUAAGGCCAGUAGCUGAAGAGGUCCAGGCACACAUUCCCUACUUGCACAGCAUCUAGGAACCUGUGGUUACCAAUCAAUUGGUACAAUAGAGCAGAGCAAGGCUGCAAUAGCGUGCAGAUCAGACGUCUCUCCUUGUUUCUAGAUAACUGGGAGCCUCUGUACCAUGUCAUAUCCUCAGUUUGGAUACCCUUACUCUUCUGCACCCCAGUUCCUGAUGACCACCAAUUCCCUGACAACUUGCUGUGAGUCUAGUGGCAGGACUCUGACAGAUUCAGGCGCUUCAGCCUCGGCUCAGACCCCAGUCUAUUGUCCUGUAUACGAAAGCAGGCUGUUAGCCACAGCCAGACAUGAGCUCAAUUCUGCAGCUGCUUUAGGAGUCUAUGGAAAUCCUUACACAAGUACCCAGGGCUAUGGAAACUACGUUACCUAUGGUACUGAAGCCUCUGCCUUCUAUUCUUUGAACAGUUUCGACGCGAAGGAUGGGAGUGGAUCUGCGCAUGCGGGCAUUACCCAGGCGGCUGCCUACUAUCCCUACGAUCACACACUCAGUCAGUAUCAAUAUGACAGAUAUGGCACCAUGGACGGAGGCACCCGAAGAAAAAACGCUACUCGUGAAACCACCAGUACACUGAAGGCAUGGCUGCAGGAGCACAGGAAGAACCCCUACCCCACCAAGGGCGAGAAGAUCAUGCUGGCCAUCAUCACCAAGAUGACCCUCACCCAGGUCUCCACCUGGUUUGCCAAUGCCCGGAGGAGGCUCAAGAAGGAGAACAAGAUGACCUGGCCUCCAAGGAACAAAUGUUCCGAUGAGAAGAGAUCCUACGAAGAGGAAGGGGAGGAAGAGUCACAGGAAGACAAUAUGAAGAACGAGAAAAACGAUGAGGCCACCAGCAAAGAAGAAAAAGAGCUGGAACUGAGUGAUUUGGAUGACUUUGACCCCAUUGAGUCAGAGAGUUCAGAAUGCGAAUUGAAACAGCCCUUCCAGCACCUGGAGAGCAGCCAGAUAAGGGCAGCCGACACAUGUGCUACUGAUCAUUGCAAGGAGCCUUCUCUAAAGACGCCCAUCCCAGCGGCCACCAUUGAAGAAGACCUGGAGAGGGCUAAAAACUGUCUCAAGAAUGUGGUGGACGAAUGUGAACAAGACUUAAUCAAUGUAAGGCAGAGAAGCUGUGAGUCCAAAAUGUGUUUCCAGCAGGGGCAACAAAUAUUGGAGACAAAGCCCAGGAUUUGGUCCCUGGCUCACACCGCCACUUCUCUAAACCAAACUGAGUAUCCUUCCUGCAUGCUGAAACGCCAAGGAGUCUCCGCCUCCGUUGCAGUUUCUGCUCCUGUUAGUGUCAUUGACAGACAUCAGGAUUCCCCAGUCACCAAUCUCAGGAACUGGGUGGAUGGGGUGUUUCAUGACCCCAUAUUCAGACACAGUACUUUGAACCAAGCUUUGAGCAACACAACAGUUUCCUGGGCUACCACCAAAGGAGCCAUUCUGGAAACGGGAUCUUUAGGACGCUCAAUUGGAAACAGUACUAACGUGCUAAAAGGCCAACUGUCAAACUUAUCCCACCAGGACUCAAAUAAAGAAUUUCUUGCAUUUCCCAAAUCAGGAAGCAAAAUGUUUUGUUCUUAACAACACCCCAAGUGGCAAAGAACUUUCUAACACCGGAAGAGUGGGAUACACUGAAAAGAGAUUUGGAAGAAUUUAAAUUUAAAUAUAAUUUUUUAAAAAUAACAAAGAUAAGGAUUUAAAGUUCAGUUUGCUUAGUUAAACGGGCAGACUUUAUUCAUUGCUGUUUUGAAGAAUUUCUGUUGGCUGCGAAUUUAAGGGAUCAAUGUCGUGAAAAUAAUUUAACUCCAUGUCUAAAAGCACGUACUAUAGUGUAGGCGUACUUAAAAGUUUACAUCCAAAAGUUUACAAACGAGAAAUUUAAAUUCUGAUAUUUAAUUUAAGGCAUGCCAAUAUUAGUUAUAAAGACUUCUCAGAUUUUUUCCUUCUGAUUUCAUUGUUACCAUAUAAUUCACAAACGGCACUUAUACCAAGUUUACACUAUUGCACAAAUUUACCUUGACAAAUAUGUUAAAAAAGUAUGUUCACUCCAAUAAAUUGUCUGUUUCAGAAGUAAAAAUUAGUGGUGGCGUUUUGCAUUACAAAAUGAAUAUGUUCCAAUUUUAGAAUGUGUGUUCAUAGAUGUUCUAGUAAUUUAAAGAAAUGUCAAGAUGAUUGCAUUAAUACUAGAAAAAGUUCAUGAAAUGUCAAUAAAUCAUUAGCAUAACUG